AUGGGAACGAUUCGUCUCUAUGAUGGCGAUGUGCGGACUUUGCUACAGCAACAGGAAACGGCGGCUGUUUUGCCGAGUUUAGUUGCUGCGCAAAUGCCAGCCAUCUGGACGUAUGAUGCACAAUUGAAGAGAGGUAAUGCUGCCCACAAGGCUGCUGAAGUCUCCGAGCCGGAAGAUAAGAUCAAGUUCAAGACCAAGAUAGCCAAGUCCAGUCUUCUCCUCUUUGGCAGGACCAUUUUACGGUUGCCUCCUUGCGCCGAUGUACACGGCCCAGUUCAGCCCAAUGUAUUUGUCGUGACACAACACACAGCUGCGACACUACUACAAGUCCGUGUGUUGGGAGGUGACUCAGCACACAGUGAAGAUGUAUAG